GCUGCCGCGGAGCCGCCACAGCCACUCUGACAGCCGCGGUGCUGGGACCCGCGACCCUCACCACCUCAAGCAGCCUUCGCGGCCUCCACCGCGGCCCGAGCCCCGUCCCUCGCCUCGGCGCCCACAUCCGGGGGGCGGUCCGGCCGCCGUUGCUGCGGAGGCCGCAUCUGGCGCGCAUCUGGAACCGCCCGGCCGGCCGCGCUGGAGCCCGCGCCCGCCCUGGCCCGGCCGCGCCGGGAGCCCUGCCCGGAGCUGGAGCCGCACCUGGAGCCGCGGGCCCGGGGCCCUGAGCCGCGCAGCCGGCGCAUGGUGAACUCGCUGCUGUUCGGGGAGAUGGCCUUGGCCUUCGGCUGCCCGCCGGGCGGCGGUGGCGGAGGCUGCCCCGGCGGGGGCGGCGGCGGCGGCGGCGGCGGGGCCGGGCCGGGGCCGUCGCCUGUGACGGCGGCGCUGCGGGACGACCUGGGCUCGAACAUCCACCUCCUGAAGGGGCUCAACGUGCGCUUCCGCUGCUUCCUGGCCAAGGUGCACGAGCUGGAGCGGCGCAACCGGCUGCUGGAGAAGCAGCUGGAACAGCAGCAGAGCGAGCGCGAGCGGCGGCUGCGCUACAAGACCUUCUCCCGCGAGCAGGCCGUGCAGACCGGGCCCGAGCUGCUGCGGCCGCCCGCAGCGGGCGCCGGGCUCGGCAGCGGCAGCGGCGCGGCGGCCGGCGCCAACGCCAACGCCGUGGCCCUAGGCGGCCUGCCCCCCGGCGGCGGCUCGCACCCGCAGCACUACGGCCGCCUGCCCGGGACCAUCUGGAGCUACACGCAGGUGCGGCGCACGGGCGGCGGCGGCGUGGAGACGGUGCAGGGCCCCGGCGUGUCGUGGGUGCACCCCGACGGCGUGGGCGUGCAGAUCGACACCAUCACGCCCGAGAUACGCGCGCUCUACAACGUGCUGGCCAAGGUGAAGCGCGAGCGGGACGAGUACAAGCGGAGAUGGGAGGAAGAACUCGCCAAGCGCAUGAACCUCCAGACCAUGGUGGACACGCUGCAGGAGGCGGCACAGGAGGCCGAAGCCAUCCAGGAGGAGAUGAACGAGAAGAUCGAGCGGCUCAAGGCUGAGCUGGUGGUGUUUAAGGGGCUCAUGAGUGACCCCAUGACAGACCUGGACACAAAGAUCCAAGAAAAGGCCAUGAAGGUGGACAUGGACAUCUGCCGUCGAAUCGAUAUCACGGCCAAGCUGUGCGAUGUCGCGCAGCAGCGGAACUCGGAAGACGUGUCCAAGAUCUUCCAGGUGGUCCCCAAAAAGAAAGAGCGUAAGGUGCCUUCCGACGAUGACAUCUCCGAGCAGGAUGGGGAGGUGACAAACCGGUUCUCGGACGACGAGGUCGGCUCCAUGAACAUCACGGAUGAGAUGAAACGCAUGUUUAACCAGCUGCGCGAGACCUUUGACUUUGAUGACGACUGUGACAGCCUGACGUGGGAAGAGAAUGAGGACACACUGCUGCUCUGGGAGGACUUCACCAACUGCAACCCAACCAUCGACCUACAGGGCGAGCAAGAGGAGAAUUUGGGCAACUUGAUCCACGAGACAGAAUCCUUCUUCAAGACGAGGGACAAGGAGUACCAAGAAACGAUCGGCCAGAUCGAGCUGGAACUGGCCACGGCCAAGAGCGACAUGAACCGACACUUGCACGAGUACAUGGAGAUGUGCAGCAUGAAACGCGGCCUGGACGUGCAGAUGGAGACCUGCCGCCGGCUCAUCAAAGGCUCCGCAGACAGGAACUCACCAUCCCCCAGCUCCGUGGCCAGCAGCGACUCAGGAAGCACAGACGAGAUCCAGGAUGAGUUUGAGCGGGAGGCGGAUGUGGAGCCCAUGGUCAGCUGAUGACUGAGGCCCCCUGCACCUGGUGGUCUAGGUGAUGAGGCCUCUGCGCCUGCUCCCCACGGGGCCAGGAAGGCUCCUCGGAGCGGGGCUCCCGUCCUCACCACGCCGACUCCCUCUGCCCUCCCGUCUCCAGAGGCCCUGAGGGCCCGCUGCUUCCUUCCUUCCACCCCACCAACCCAUGCCCCUUCUCCAUCCACCCACCCAAGGAAUGGUGCUGUCAAUUUCUAUCGUUCUCCACAUUACAGAUGCAGACUUCUGUCCGGACGAUGCAGUGUUAACUGUGCCUUUUCCCCUAAGCUGAGCCACUUUGAGCUCCAAAGAAUUAUUCCUAGCAGGUGUUUUUAUACAAAAUUCUGAGGUGAGGGUGGGGCCCCUGGCAUGGUAUCCAAUGGAUUUCUACCCUCCCACCUGCUCCUCUGAUUGGCCGUGAGCUAUGCCCUUCCCUCCUCUGCCUGGCCAGUGCAGACCCGAGUUGGCCUUGGGGUGGUCUGCCUGCCCCCCGCCCGCCCCCCCCAGGAAGGAGCUGUCUGCCUUUGCAACCCUUCUAGGCCUGGGUGGGGGCCUCUCAAGUGCUUUAACUUGAAAAGACGGAAGGAGGGAGGGAAGACAAAAUUUUCUUUUCUUUUUGGAUCUAGUGGCAAAGCGGAGGGACAAGGCACUGCAGGGGGGAAGUGGAGUCUCACUGUGUUUAAACUACUAUGCAAAAAAAAACAAAACAAAACAAACAAACAAAAAAAAAAGCAGCUUGCCUUAUAUCAUUGUGGAAGGUAGGCCCCCCGCCAGCCCAGACUCCUGGUUUUCCCCUGGAGCUCAGAGGGAGGCGGAAGCUCGGGCGAUCUCUCUCGCAGCCUCUUAGGGUGAGCACUGACUUGGGAAUGGGGGGGGGGGUGUUCUGUCAAGGUCGGUAGUGAGGCCUGGGUCCUUCAAGACCCUUGGCCCACCCGACUGCUUGCUCUCUUGGGACCUCUGUGGGGUGGGAGAGGUCUACUAUCGCCCUGAUGACUUGAUGUGUUUCUGUCCCUUCCCAGCCAAUGAUAAGGGGCCAUAGAUGUGUAAUUUCUCUGUGAGAAAGUCCGAAGAGGGCUCGGCCUGGCUUCCACCCCCUCCACAGUGGGGCUGGGUUCCUACCGCCUGCCGCCAUCUUGGUUCUCCACUGCCCCCAGUCGCCCACUUCUUGGCCACUGGCUGGCACUGGAAAGGGAAGGAGAGGGAGGCAGUGAGGGCUGCUGGCGGUUCAGAGGCAGUGGCAGGAGCGGAGGUCAUCUCUGGAUGAGAACCACCCUUGUUCUGCUCGUGGACACACGCAAGCCUGUUUCCAUACUUCACCGGCCAGUGGGGAGUUAGUCUGAGCCAGUAUCUCCCCAAGACUUGAGCGGGCCUGUGUCAAAAGGCACCACGUCGAGGCCACCCUGCCACAUCUCAGCUUGGAGCCAGGCGAGCAGGUUUCGCUUUGUAAGGAAGAUUUCUUUUUGUACCCACUCCUGUGGGUGGGAUUAUCCAAUUUUUGGUUUUUUAUUGGCCCAGGAGCUCCCCCUGGAGGUCAAAGAAGCAAAAUGGGCCCAAGGACCAGAACUUCCCACCUGCUGCUCCGGUUGCGGAGAUGAAGGAGGGCUCUGGCUUUAAAUCGGAUUGCAGCCCCCUGCCUUUCUUCCUCAGGGUACCAGCGACCUGUCAGGGCCUUCUCUCUCUUCUGUUUCCCCCCCUGUUUUGCAGUCUUAAAACCACUGUAAAUAAUAUUCAUAUAAUAUAUAUAUAUAUGGAGAGAGAGAGCGUGUGUUAGUGAUUGUAUGUAAUUUUUAUUUAUCAGAACUUGGUGGCCUUUACUGUGAGUUUUUUCCAUUGUUGUUGUUGCUGAGGGAGGCUGCUCGCGGUUCCCUGCGGCGGCCUGGAUGAGAGGCCUCUAUUCCCAGGCGAACGGUCCCUGGGUAGGUACGCGGAGGGACGCUGGCUUCGGAGGCCCCUUCCCCUCCUCCUCACUGACCCUUGUUCUAAAGGUUACAGGGUUCAAACAUACCUGACUAUUAUUGUCAUUAGUGUUGUUGUUUUAGUUUUAAGUUUUUAUUUUAACCAAAGGUUAUCAGAGCCAGUUGGGCUGGGACCUCGGCUGCUGAAAAGAUUUUCCGUUUCCGGGAGGACCCCUCGGGCCUCCUCUGUCCGGAGCUGGCGGAGGCCUGGAACGGCGUGUUUGGGAGGCAGGGUGGAAGCCAGCCCUGGGCUGCUCCUCAAGGUGGUGGGCGGGUGACGGACCUAUCUUUAGUGUUAAGAGUUAAGGCAACAGUGUAAGUAUCUGGGGGUAACCAAGGUGACCAGGGCAGGCGGUGUCCGGUGGUAUUAUUUACGCUUCCCCCCUUGGGGACAUAGGACGUUUGUCUCUGGGACUAGUGUGCUUUAUGUUUGCCCAGGCAGUAUGGAAAUGGCAGGGGCCAGAGACAGAUGCUGGCCGGAAAGUUCCUUCUUGCUGGUUUUCCAUAGCUGCUCCCCUCUGGGGAGCAAGGAGUUGGGGCAGGAUGAUGGGGGUGGGGGACAGCAAGGGGGUGGCCGGCCUGCCUCCUGGGCAGGGGGCCUGGGUCUUGGUCUGGCUACCCUCCUCCCCACCAACUUCCUUUUUUUUUUUUGAGUCCAUUGCCAGUGGGCCCUGCUUGUCCCCUCGCCGUGAGCCCACAGCUUGCCAAGAAAGCCCCCAACGCUCGCUGGGGCAGCCCCAGGUCCAGUUGGGAUGAACUGGUCCGUCCUUUGUAAAGCUGUAAAUAGUCAAAUUUCUAUUUCUAAGCCCAGUGUCACAUUGAUACUGGUAUUUUAGGGUUGUUCCCAGAUGGACCCUCCUGUGCUGCCCUCUCUCACUCUCCUAUUUUUGGGGGUUUUAUAAAAAGAGAGGAUCGGGGAGGAACAGGGGGAGUAGCUUCCUUUCGGCUCCCUGGUUGUGGGAUCCAUGCGCGCGCAUGCGCGCGCGCACACACACACACACACACACACACACACACACACACACACUCCUCUGAGACUCCAAACAGGGAAAAAAGAUCUUCGGCAAGUAAACACAUUUUGUUUUCUUGUAGCAAUAUAUCUUGAGGUCUCUGAAGGGUCAGUCCGUCCUGGACUUGGCUCUGACCUACGGGAGAAGCAAACCACUUUGGCUUGGAAUGGGGGGGAGGGUGCGGGGUAGGGGAUGAUAGAAGGUGUCGCUUAAGCUAAAUGUAAUCUAUUUAUAAAAGCAAGAGAUUCUCAUCUAUUUUUAUGAAAGGAAAGGGUUUUUAAAUCUAGGGUAGGCAGUUACGGCAGCCCAGCGUUCUUCUGUGAAUGAGAUGCAUGUUGCUGCUGCUGAGUAUAGCCAGUGCCCCUCGCCCCAUCUCCCCGGCCUCACCGCCUGCUCACCUGCACCCAUGAGCGGCUUCAGCAGAGCCUACGUCCCACUUCGCCUCAUUUCCCUGCUCCUUGACCCCUCCCCCAGCUCCUUGGUCCUUGAAAGUCUUUGGGGGGGCACUUGUGGGAGUGGGUGGGCAGUGGGGGAUUCAGAAUUGAGGUGGGUGGGGGGAGGGGAAAGGGGGGCACCAGGUAGGGGGACCAGCUCUGCCUCAGUUGUCACUCACACUCCGGUCUGCCAUAUCCAUUUCCAAGUCAGCUGUGUUUGGGAGGAGGCGGAGAAGCCACGGGGCUGUUGGUUCAGGGAGCACUCGGCUUCCUUGGGGCCCGGGCCCUAGUGGGUCCCAGGUCGUCAGGCAGCUGGUGCCAGGGAUGGAAUUGCCAGGCGACGCCUACCUCCCAGCCCCAGCUGCGCGUACUCAGGCCGCAGCCCAGGCUGUAGUCUUUGAUGUGCUCUUCCGGGGCCUGGGGGCGGACUAGGGUGCUGCGUGCGGGGUCUUGCACGUGUGGGGUCUUGAACCUGGGUUCACCACCUGGAGAGACACCGAGUUCUAGAAGGAUGCUCUCCCGGAGUGCAGUCUGGAGGCAGCUGGGUGGGUAUGGGCAAAGGCAAAUUCUCUCUGAAAGGGAAUUUUUCACGGGCAGAGGAUUUCCAGGUUCAAGGUGGGCUGUGUGUUGGUCUUGGGCAAAUCCCCCACUGUUCCCGCUGCCAGGCCCUCAAAGAAGUGAGGCGAAGGCACCAUCCCCACCCCCCAGCAAGACCGCUUCGGUGGACCUUUUAGCAUCUACCUGAUUUUUAGCCCCAUCCAGGGGGACUUUGUAUCCCACAAUCCCAUCCCACCCCACUGUUGCUGUUUGUCUGCCAGUUGGGUCUAGUGUCAAGGGGAAGGGGGGAGGGGCGUUUAUACUCAUUGAAAGACUACUGAUCCUACCGGAAACCAACCUGUUUACUGUACUGUUGUAAAUAUCAUGCCCUUUAUAUCCUGUAUAUUGGCUUCUUUUAAAUAAAGUGAAAUGUCUUAGAAUUGA